AUGCAGGUGCGAGAAGAUUACGCCAGCGUAGGCGACUUCGUCAAGAUCCUAGUGUUUGAGGCCGCUGUGCACAUGAAAGAUGGCAAGAAGCAUGCAGUGGACCCUGAGCAGAGCAAGAAUGGUGACGGCGCGCUGUGGCGCCUCAAUGUAAGCCUCCCCAAUCACUAG